AUAGAGGAGUGGAUAAUAAACUCUCUCUCCCUCUCUCCCUCCCUCUGCACCUCUAGCAGCAUGCAAUUUCUUUGAAGAAAACCCCUCCAAGCCUUUCUAUGGCUUCCUUGCCCUCAGUUGCUCUCAGUGGCACUCUCAAACUCGACCAAGAAUUCCGAAAACACCCCACAAAUUUUCUUCCUUCCGAAAAGAGCGCAAAUGUUUCGUAUCCGAAAAGUCAGACAAUCACCAAUUCAGAUCGAAGUUCGGAACUCCCCAAGUCUCUGGAUUUCCGAGAAGCGCUUUUGAUGAUUAGAGAGGGGGAUAAGGUUGAAUCAACUCACUAUGUCCCUGUCUUGCAAGAAUGUAUACACAGGAAUUCGGCUUCAGAAGCGAAAGUUGUGCAUGCCCACAUCAUAAAGACCGGAACCCACCAAGAUUUGUUUGUCACAACAUUCCUUGUCAAUGUUUAUGCAAAAUGUAGAAUCAUGGAAAGUGCACGUAAAGUUUUUGACAAUCUGCCUGGGAGGAACGUUGUUUCGUGGACAAGUUUGAUAACGGGUUAUGUUCACAAUUCGCAGCCAGAAGUUGCAAUUCGGGUUUUCAAAGAAAUGCUGGAAGCCGGGGCUUAUCCUACGAAUUACACCCUAGGAAUUGUUUUGAAUGCUUGUUCUUCUUUGCAGUCCUUAAAAUUAGGGAAGCAGUUGCAUGGCUAUAUAAUCAAAUACCAGAUCGAUUUUGACACUAGUACCGGCAACUGUCUUUGCAGUUUAUACUCGAAAUGUGGAAGCUUGGAAUCCAGUAUUAAAGCGUUCAAGAAAAUCGAGGAAAAAAAUGUUAUCUCGUGGACUGCAACCAUAUCCGCUUGUAGUGAUAACGGUGAUGCUGCAAGAGGUUUGAGAUUUUUCACUGAGAUGCUUUCCGAGGGCGUUGGACCUAAUGAGUAUACCCUAACCAAUGUCUUGAGCUUGUGUUGUGUAAUGCUGUCACUGAGUGUGGGGCAACAGGUUCACUCGUUAAGCAUAAAACUUGGCUACGAAUUGAACCUACCAAUCAAGAACGCUAUCAUGUAUUUAUACCUCAAAUGUGGACAGAUUAAUGAGGCUCGAAAGUUGUUUAAUGGGAUGGAAGCUAUCAGCUUGGUUACAUGGAAUGCAAUGAUUGCAGGCCAUGCACAAAUUAUGGAUCUUGCACAGGACGAUGUUUCAGCGUACCAAAGCGGAACUGAAGGACUCAACAUUUUCUUGAAACUGAACCGUUCAAGCUUGCAACCGGAUUUGUUCACCUUCUCGAGUAUCUUAGCUAUAUGUAGUGGUUUAGUGGCCUUAGAACAGGGAGAACAGAUUCAUGCUCAGACCAUUAAGACGGGGUUUCUCGAAGAUAUGGUAGUAGGCACUGCCCUAGUCAAUAUGUACAACAAAUGUGGCAGUAUUGAGAAAGCAAGUAAAGCUUUUGUGGAGAUGUCUACGAGAACCUUGAUAUCAUGGACAACUAUGAUUGCAGGUUUUGCGCAGCAUGGCCGGACUCAGCAAGCACUGCAGCUCUUUGAGGAUAUGAGAAUUGCAGGAGUAAGGCCGAAUCAGAUUACUUUCGUGAGUGUUCUCUCGGCUUGUAGCCAGGCUGGGAUGGUCAACGAAGCUCUUGGUUACUUUGAGAUGAUGAGAAAAGACUAUAAGAUUAAGCCUGUGCUGGAUCAUUUUGCCUGCUUGAUUGAUAUGUACGUGAGGAAGGGUCGGUUGGAGGAAGCGAUUGACCUGGCAAAGAAAAUGGAUCCUCAAGCGAACGAGUUUAUAUGGUCGAUCUUGGUUGCAGGGUGUAGAAGACAUGGGAAUUUAGAAUUGGGAUUUUAUGCUGCUGAAAGGUUGCUCAAGCUAAAACCAAAAGAUACAGAGACUUACACAUUGUUGUUGAAUUUGUACCACUCUGCAGGAAGAUUGAAGGACGUUGCUAAGGUGGAGAUGAUGAAAGAGGAGAAGCUUGAAAAAUUAAGGGACUGGAGCUGGAUUAGCAUUAGAGACAAGAUCUAUUCGUUUCAACCGAACGAUAAUUUACAUCCUUACAGCGCAGACACACAAAAAUUCGUACAAAGUUUGAUUGAUCGAGUCAGGAGUCUUGGAUAUCAGUCACUAGAAAUUUUGGAAGUAACCGAUGAGGAGGAUGAAGAGCAGACUUCGAUUCCAACCGCUUAUCAUAGUGAAAAGUUAGCGAUUGCUUUUGGAUUGUUGAACAUGCCAAAUGCUGCACCAAUUCGGGUCAUCAAGAGCAUCGUUAUGUGCAGAGAUUGCCAUAAUUUUGUUAAGUUUGUGUCAUUACUGACUGGUAGGGAGAUGAUCAUUCGAGACUGCAAGCGCCUCCACAGAUUUGUGAAUGGAACAUGUUCAUGUGGGGACUUCGGAGGUGCUAUUUGAUUCAGGAUAGAAAAAACAUGCCGAAAAGCUCUUGUUGCAUUUUGAUAUAUCAUUAAUGUUGAAGGAGAUAUGCAUGGCACAGCUGAGCCUUGGUUCUUAUGGCGAGUGAUAAGGCAUGCUGUAGGAGCUGGUGUAAUGACCAUUUAGCCCACUUAGAGGGAAGAAGUCCCGAAUUCAAAUCUCAUGAACGACAAAAAGUUGAACGAAACAAAAUGACUCAUUUGAUACUACAAAAUUUCACUGGGAAAUCAGAUUGUCAUCAA